AAGAGCUGCAGCUAUGGUGAUGGGGAAAAACCCAUCUUCACUCAGUGAUAGCUCCUGACAGCUUUCGAAAGUGCAUGAUAAAGUGUGCGCUGGGUUUAGCAGAACAAAUAAGCCUCAGGCCAGUCUUCACCUUGGAUAUUUUGCCUCUUUUUCUGCUGUCAGCAUUAACAAUUGCAAGUCCACUUGAUGAAUGAUGGCCACAGAUGUCUUCAACUCCAAAAGUCUGGCUAUUCAGGCCCAGAAGAAGAUCCUUGGAAAAAUGGUGUCCAAAUCAAUAGCAACUACUUUGAUCGAUGAUACAAGCAGUGAUGUUUUAGAUGAGCUCUACAGAGUGACAAAGGAAUAUACACAAAAUAAAAAGGAAGCAGAGAAAAUAAUAAAAAACCUCAUUAAAAUAGUCCUCAAAUUGGCAAUUCUCUACAGGAACAACCAAUUUAAUCAGGAUGAAAUAGCAUUGAUGGAGAAGUUCAAGAAGAAGGUUCAUCAGCUGGCUAAGACCGUGGUCAGUUUCCAUCAAGUGGAUUAUACCUUUGACAGGAAUUUUUUGUCCAAACUGUUAAAUGAUUGUAGAGAGCUUCUUCAUGAAAUCAUUCAGCGUCACCUAACUGCAAAGUCACAUGGACGUGUCAACAAUGUGUUUGAUCACUUCUCUGAUUGUGAAUUUUUGGCUGCCUUGUAUAAUCCCUUUGGACCUUAUAAACUCCAUUUGCAGAAACUUUGUGAUGGUGUCAACAAAAUGCUAGAUGAGGGGAACAUAUAAGUACUUGUAUUAAAGUUGACUGCCUAUGCAUUAUUUGUAGAUGGAACACUGUUGAUUUAUGAAGGAAUAAGGGAGCAUGCAAAAAGUUGUUUUGUUUGUUUGGAUUUUUUGUUUGUUUGUUUGUUUUACAUUAUGACAAAUAUUUCCAAAAUAUCUUUAUUAAAUUGAUUCCUUAUUAUGAGCUAUCUGUUGCUAUUCACACUCCAUCUGGAAGAAAGACUGCACAUGACUUUUUUUACUGUGCUUUGCCUUCAGAAACAGCUGGAUAAAGAUGAUAGAACAGUCCAAGUAGAGUUAGAGUCUUGCAAGAUAGAUACACAAAACAAAACAAUAUGCUGUUAGACAAUCCACAUAUUUAAUAGAUUUACAGAAGUAUUUCUAAACGAUCAGAGUUCAGUAAUAUUGGUAACAGAAUAUGAUGGUGAUGGUACACUGUAGAAUUUCCUUCACUUACUUGUAAAAUACAUAUAUUUGAUUCAUUUAUAGUAUUUUAUGCUCUCUGCACAGAUUACAGCUUCCUAGUGUUGCCCUUAUGAAGCAUUCAGUUUUAAAUAAUACUCGUGAUGCUGUCACAUAGAGUCUUAACAGGCUUGUCCAUCUCCAGCUCAGUGGUGAAAACUUCCUGUCUGCAAGGCUACCAACUAUAGAUCCUUAUAGACCCGCACAGAUGCUUGCUUCCUUUGAUUAUAUGGGGAUUAUUUGAGGAAUAAGCUACAGUAAAAUAGCCUGACUGGGGAAGAGUAUUCCCUAGAAAACACGGUACAUAUUUUUAACUUUGCAUAUGAUGAGGUAAAACAUAGUGACUUAUGUGUGCAAUUCCAUAAGAUAUUUAGAAUCCUGCUAAUAGGUCACAAUUCUUUUUGAAAAAGUGUGAGUCAGUAUAUUUUAUACUCUAGGCUGAUGUGUAUGAUGAUGUGAAUUCAGAAAGUCUGAUCAUCUGCUAUUAAAUUCCAAGCCAGUUUGCUUUGUGUAGAAUGAAAUAAGUUUUAUCAUUGCGUUAUAUACUAUUUAACUAAUGGAAAAAAUGGAAUAUUGAAUAAAUUCUUUUCUUCCUUUCUCCCCUCCCACCUUUCAUCCUUCUUUUUCUUCCUCAUCUUCUUUCUGCCUUAUUCUCUGGGGAUAAAAAAAUGUGACUUUUGAGACACUGUAAUGUACUUAAAAGUAUGAAAUUAAUACAUUUCAAAUGCCUGAAGACUUUUUGUUAGGAAGCAUAUAAAGAAUUUGCUGUUUAUUUAAUUGCCAUUUUUUUGCUGUUUGCUGUGUCCUUUUGUUUUAAUGAGUAAACCAAAGAAUAUUUGCACUUUGAACU